GGAAAAUAGAAGCCUUUGCUGUUCUCAUCAAAAGAAGAAGCAGAAGUGUUGCGCGAAUGAUUAAAUUUAUAUAUGCUUUUUAGUUAACUAGUUUAGUGUUAAUUAAAUCUUACAAUUUUGCGUGUUAGUUUCUAUUUUUGGGUUUAUUUACACAGGGAACCACUGGGAUAUAGACAUUGAUAUUAUAAAAUCAAAACUAUACGUCAUUAGUGUGUGUAACUUAACCAUCUAUAAUUGUUUUUUAUAUUACUUUAGUUUUCAGAUUACUAUAUAUAGCACUAGUCAACGGCUUGUUCUUAAAUGUCACGUACUAAAUUUGUUAUUGCAGAUCAAUUGAUCAUGUAAAACAGUAUAUAUUCUCAGUGCACAAUGCCACAAUAUUUUAACUCAUGGAUUAUAAAUAACAAUGAAUGGUAGCGAAUUUAGCAUCAGAUAAAGAGAGAGUCGAAUAAUUAGUGUUUUACGAAUAAAAUGUCUUAUAGGCAUUAAUGUCAUUUUGAAAAAGGGGGAAAAAAAAAACCUUUGCGGUAAUUUAAUCGAGUUGCUUUCCAAGACAAAAAAACUAGUAUAUCCUAAGCAUUACUACAAGUUCUCUGGGCGCUUACUAUAAAUAGCCAAUCCUGCUUAUUCUAAUCACAGUUCCUCUCUCUCUAUUUUCCCCUUCAUACAAGUAUAAAUAUAGACAUUACAUAUAGAGUACUAGGAGAUAUAUAUAGCUAUAGGAGUAUUAUAUAUGGACAAGUUCAACUUCUUGAAAGAUGGAGCCAUAAAACAGCUUCCUCCUGGAUUUAGAUUUCAGCCUACUGAUGAAGAGAUUGUGUUUCAAUACUUGCUUCGCAAAAUAUUUUCCUGUCCUUUGUCCGCUUUAAUCAUUCCUGAUAUCGAUAUUUCCUGGCACGACCCUUGGGAUUUGCCAGGUAAUAUGGAGCAAGAUAGAUAUUUUUUCAGCAAUAAGGAAGCCAAAUACAGGAACGGAAAUCUAACGAAUAGAGCAACUAUGAGUGGUUACUGGAAGCCUACUGGUAUAGACAAGAAAAUUACAUGUCCUAAAGGGAAACCAAUAAUUCUUGGGAUGAAAAAGACUCUGGUUUUCUACAGAGGAAAGCCUUGUCAUGCUUCUAGAACUGAUUGGAUCAUGCAUGAAUAUCGUCUUGUUCUUCCUUUUAAUCCAUCCUUUAUUUCCCAGCAUUUCAAGAAAUCUCCUCAGGGUUCCUUGGUGCAGAUUGGCAAUUUGGUUCUUUGUCAUAUAUCUUUGAGGAAGAGAAACGGAAAAAAUGAAGAAGUCUUAAGAAUGGUUACUGAAGAUUACAGUGCUAAUCAGCAUAUUGAAGUACCAAAGCCGAUAUGGUUUUAUGAUUUUAUGAGUAAAGACUUAAAUGAUGAUAAAACUUCUUUCUCAUGCUUUUCUAAUUCUGUGAGCUCUGAUGCAAGUGCCCUCACUGAAGUUUCUUCUAGUUCAAGUGGACUAAUAGAGCAUGAAGAAGCUAGUAACCAGUUUCCAUGAUGUAAUUUCAUUAAUUAUUUGAUUUAUUAAUGCAUGCAAUAAGUCUUUUCUCCCUCAAUCUCAAAGUUUGCAUAGCAAGUCGUCC